GCAGAGCCGAGACCAGAGACCUGUGUACUGAGACCAUAGACCAGCACAGCACUUCACCUCCACAUCACAAGAUCAUAUUUGAGAGCGGAAAUUUCAACGCCCUGUUGGGUUGGAUCACCACGGGAGAGGACUGAAGACAUUUGCAGGCAAAACAAGAGGAUGCAGUGCAGGCUCAGCUGGUGACUGGUCUGCAGGUUCUCUGCUUCUCUUGACACUGGAGUGAGCCACAUUUUGGGGAGUAUUUGUGAACUUCUACAGCCCAUCACUGGAGUACAGGGUGUGCAUUCAGUCAACUUGCUCAGAUCAUCAGCACAGCUCAUCUCCUGAGAGAGAAGAGCAAAGUAGCUGCACAAGAUUUACCUCUGUCACCUACUCUCCCCUGGCCCCGCCCCAACCGCCCUUUCGCCAUGGUGCUGUCCCAACGGCAAAGAGAUGAACUAAAUCGCGCAAUAGCGGAUUAUCUUCGUUCCAAUGGAUAUGAAGAGGCGUAUUCCAAUUUCAAAAAAGAAGCUGAAUUAGAUGUGAAUGAAGAGUUGGACAAGAAGUAUGCAGGUCUUUUAGAGAAGAAAUGGACCUCUGUCAUCAGGUUACAGAAAAAGGUUAUGGAGCUCGAAUCAAAGUUAAAUGAUGUUAAAGAUGACAUACAUUUUGGUGGACCUGUCAGUCAGAAGCGCGACCCCAAAGAGUGGAUCCCCCGACCUCCAGAGAAGUACUCUCUGAGCGGGCACAGGAGCCCUGUCACUCGAGUCAUAUUCCAUCCAGUCUUCAGUGUCAUGGUGUCAGCCUCUGAGGAUGCCACCAUAAAGGUUUGGGACUAUGAGACAGGAGACUUUGAACGCACUUUGAAGGGUCAUACAGACUCUGUACAGGACAUCUCUUUUGACCAAACUGGCAAACUGCUCGCCUCCUGCUCUGCUGAUAUGACUAUCAAGCUGUGGGAUUUCCAAGUCUUUGAGUGCAUAAGAACUAUGCAUGGGCAUGAUCACAAUGUUUCAUCAGUUGCCAUCAUGCCCAAUGGAGAUCACAUUGUCUCAGCUUCAAGGGACAAAACUAUAAAAAUGUGGGAAGUCGCCACUGGUUAUUCUGUAAAGACCUUCACAGGCCACAGGGAGUGGGUUCGUAUGGUGCGACCAAACCAGGAUGGCACAUUAAUUGCCAGCUGCUCCAAUGACCAGACAGUGCGCGUGUGGGUUGUGGCCACUAAAGAGUGCAAAGCAGAGCUGCGGGAACAUGAGCAUGUAGUGGAGUGCAUUUCAUGGGCUCCAGAAAGCGCUUAUCCCAAUAUCCAAGAUGCCACCGGGUCAGAGAAUAAGAAAAGUGGGAAGCCAGGUCCUUUCCUAUUGUCUGGCUCCAGAGAUAAAACUAUUAAGAUGUGGGAUAUUAGCACCAGUAUGUGCCUUAUGACUCUGGUUGGCCAUGACAAUUGGGUACGUGGAGUCCUUUUCCAUCCAGGUGGCAAAUUUAUAGUGAGUUGUGCAGAUGACAAAACUUUGAGGAUUUGGGACUACAAAAACAAGCGCUGCAUGAAAACCUUGGGUGCUCACGAACACUUUGUUACCUCUAUGGAUUUCCACAAGGCUGCUCCGUAUGUUGCCACAGGCAGCGUAGAUCAAACGGUAAAAGUGUGGGAAUGUCGUUGAUAUGGACCUUGGAGGGUUGGACCAUCUCCUGCAGAUGUUCCACUAGAUACUGAUAAACUCCACCCUACCUGUCCAUGUAACCCAAACUCCUGCACAUCUCUGCAGCUGCACUUAACCACCAUGGUCAUUUACCCAUCGUGCUCUCUGGUCCAGUAACUUUUGUCUUUCUGUGUAAAAUAUUCCUGGAUGUAGAAGAGCUAUUAAAUGUUACACAAAAAGUAUUCUUGCAUGGUAAUCCCAAAUUGUAUAAUACAACUUUAAAUAACAUUGAAUUUGUGUAGAAAAACAUAAGGUUGCUGCCUAUCUGUCAUACAGAGCAACUGAAAAGCAGGGUUUUAGAAGGCGUAAAAUGUAGGGCACUAAAUCUAUAAUUUAAGAUAUUACUGUAUCUUUAUAUGAGAUUUAUUUUUGUCUUUUUUUAUUUAGAUUUUUUUUUCUGAUACUGUUUUCCCCCCAAGCCGGUUGGUGCCUAGCAUAUUAUAGGAACGCUGUGAAUGGGCUUUGAAAUAAUAUAUUAUUAAUUCUUAAAUGAGCAAACCGUUGUUCCUUGAACAAGACUUGUCAUACUUUUUUUUUUUUUUUUUUUUUCUUUUCCCCCCCCUUCAGACUGGUGAUGAAAAGCAGCUUUACUUUUGUCAGUGUGCCACAUCUAACUAGAGCUGUGGCUAUGCCAUACUUGAGAUAAAAUUUCCUUGUAGUGUCAAAUGUUACAUUUUAACAUUUUGAUUCUGCUUAAAUGAGACUUGGGUAUGAAUGCAGUCUAGUAGCGCUUAAUGUGUAUUUCCCUUUUUAAAGAUCAAUUUAGAAAUGUAAUUGCUUAGCCUGGUCCACCCGUCUGACAGUUGGAAGCAAAGCUAAAUUUUAUUUAAUGAAUGCGUCAUUGUUCCUGGAUGGAAUAUGUGAAGUCCAUACAGUUCCAAUAUGAAGGUGAACAAUAUGAUAACUUGUGUACUGUUUUGGCUUAAGUAGUAAGUUUUCUGUGAAAAUAUAAAAUUUAUAUUAAGUUAAAUGGAAACCAGUCUUUUGCUAUGGACUUGCAACCCAAUGUUCAAUUGGAAAGGAGGGGUAGGCACAUAAAGACCCAAUCAGCAAUGUCCUCUGCUCCAGUGAGAGCAUACUGUGAGAAGUAAGCUUCGAUCUCUGACAAAGUCUUAAUGUGUAUGUAUUGGAUAUGACAUGAAACCAGCCAAUUCUUUCUGAAGGCAAGCAUGAACUCCUUUUCAAAGUGCAAUUUAAAAGGUGAAAGAUCUUCUAAUAAUUUACUUUUGAUCCUUAAUCUAUUGCAAAGUAACAAACUACAUUUUUCCCGAUGAGCAUUUUCCUUAAAAUGUCUUUCUUUGAAUUAAUGAAGGAGGAUUGUAAUUUGUGUUAUUGCAGCUUUAUUCAUACUGUGUACUGGAUAUGGUGAUGCUGCUCCAAGUUGAUAUUGGCUAGUCCUGUGAGUGUAAUGUUGCAUUGCUGCAUGUAAAUGACCAUAGAAGCAAAGCUGUGCACCCACUUGUGUAACAGAUCUAGUCACCACGGAGACGUCUGUUACUGCUGCUCCAUCCAAAAAUGAUGACAAUAAAGAGAAAUGCGAGUUUAAUGUAAGAUUGUUUUGGUAGUGGCCCAAGUGGCAGGGGCAGACAAGACAAAAGAGACAAUCAACUAUUUGACGGUCGUUUUUGUUGUCAAAUAGGAGCAGCUUUCAAGACUGUAGGUAUACGCUACAUUCCAAGUUAAUAUAAAAUGGAAAAUUUAAAACAAGGAAAUGAUUCGUGGAGGAUGCCGGUUUUGCUGUGUUUUGUGCUGCUUAAAUUAGUUGGAAUUAAAGUUAUAGACAGUUUUUAUUGGCGUCCAAACUCCCCCACAGCAUAGACAGCAUAAUUCUUUCUAUGUUCCAAGGGACCCAAGACCAAACAAACUCUUUAGGGAGCUUGUUUUCCGUGUCCGGCUUCACUCUUCAGCAAACAGUCAGGCUUUACCCUGUUUGUCAUAAUUGUUUGCAAUAAAAGAAAUGAAAACUA